UCUUGCUGUCAGGAGUUUUAAAUUUUUUACAUUUUCUGAAACAGCUUCCCUAGGGAGGGCAUCACGGUUGUUGACACAGGGACUUGCAGAAGAAAUGGCGAUUCUUCAACAAAAUCUGAAGGUCCUGGUGAAAGCCUUCAGGAGAGACUGUUACCGGCUGCUCGGGUCCGAGAGGAUAACGAUAUGCAAUGCAGACGACAUGUUCACGGCUUUGCAGCUGGUCAUGGCCGAGGUGAACAAACAGGAGAAAGGAGAAUUUGCUGUUUCACUGAGUGAAGUCAUUGUCACCUGGGCUUAUUUACUUAAGGAUAAACUGAACUUAUUCCAUGAAGGUUCACAUGCUCCAGAGAAUUACAACAUCAUACGGAAAGGCUAUGACUCCUUCCUGAAGAGAUCGAAUACUGUAGACUUGAUUGACAUCUUUGGGAUGGCUGAGCAGUUAAAAAUAGAAAGCGAUCCAGAAAAUCGCCUUGCAGCUGUCCAGCUGUUUGAGUUUCUGUCAGGUAACUCUGAAUACUGCGAUCAGAUUGACCUUGUCCCUCCAGUUCCCUCGACUCCAUCCAGCAGGCCCCGAUGGACAAGUUCCCAGUUGCUGAAAGUGAUGAAGAGGCUAAUCUGUGCAUACUUAAACUUGCUGCUGAACUCCAAGAACGAUCUGGCUGUGGCCCAUGUGCUAAACAUUCCUGACAGAGGCCUUGGAAGAGCUGCCUUCACCGAUCUGAAGCAUGCAGCACGCGACAAACAAACGUCUCUUUUCUUGGCUGCAACGUCCUUCGUCAGAGCCAUACAGCUGGGUGGAAAAGGCUAUGCUCCUUCAGAAACUGACCCACUGAGAAAACACUUAAAAGGCCUCUCAAGCUUUGUGCAUUUCAUGGAUAAUCUCGAAGAGCUGCUUGGAGAAAUUCCUGACCCUUGCCUGGCAGGGGGUCGGAUCCUGUCCGCCAUCGAGGCCGGCCUGCUGAGAGGCGGGAGCAGCGGGGACCUGGUGGGCCGAGCGGCGCGGGAGGCCCUGCAGGAGCUCCAGCGGCGGAUCGGCGCCGGCCCGCGGGGGGAGGCCACCGACGCAGGCGCCGCGGGCAUCAGCCCAGCACGGCCCCGAGCUUAUGCGAUAAACCACGCCACAGCCUACAGCGGCAGAGACACUGUGAAAGUGCUGCUUGCGCUGUUGGACGAGGACGCUCUACGUGCCCCGAGCAGGAACAAAGCUCAGCUAUUUCUCGGAGAUGAGGGAGUCCUGGGUGGAGAUGAAGGGGCCUGUGUCCUACAGCUCUUUAGGUCCCCCGAACCUUCAACUGGAUCAUCUCCAAAGCCACUUAGACACCGGGUUCGGGAUCGUGGAAAUAAAACACAACCACAGGUAAUGGGAAAUGCCAUUAAAUCUCAGUUUGCCUGCACAUAUAGAGACAGUGACCCGGAUAGGGACAGAACCCUUCUGGUCCGCAGUCUUGAUCUGGGACCCUCCUGCAUUCACCCAGCAGCUCGACAGGCCAGCCCUCCUGGUGGCUCCUGUGACAAGCGACCUGCUGCAGCGCAUGAAGGAGUGACCGAGAGCACAGAAAGUGAAAACUUAAUCAAGAGACCUGCCUUUGGCUCCACUUCUGGAAACACUCAGCAGAAAGGAAACCUGAGCAAUAAGGGCAGAGGGAUUGCGAACACUCAGCCAGGAAACAAGAGCUGCAAGAGGAAAGGGCUGGACGCGCCUCGUGAAAACGGGCCCUGCAGUCAGGAGAACCAGCCUCCUCCGAAGAGAGCUCCCGAGGCACCCAAAACCCCAGACAAGCCCUCUAGAAACCCGGGUGGCAGAGCCAGAGCACCAGGGAGAACCAGCAAAGCUGCUGCCAAGCGAAAGUUGAUCGCAGGGCAGGGGAAGCUGACAAACUUCUUCAGAUUGUAAUAUAACAGAGCCGGAUGGCCGUUCAGAACCAAAUGCCUCAGCCCCAGUGGACUGACGGGACCAACCCCAGACAUCGCGAUUGCUAAUCUGUUUUCAAAGGGAUAAUGUUGUGCACCCUGAUUCAUAUUCUCCCAGGUUGGUUACCGAACUUCUCAUUAGGAUUCAGGAGGGUUUAAAUGCGCUGACUUCUUUUUCAGUUCACAUUUCUGUCUCGGGUGGAAUUAACCCAGAAAUGAGUCCACAUCAUGACUUGGAUUUGUAUUUUGGGCUAGCAUUGGCAAGCAAAAUCUUUCCUUAGAGAUGUCAUAUCCAUCUGCUCUCUUUUUUUAACCUUCUCAUUGUUUUUUUAUGUAUACUGCCUUUAUGGUAGAAGGAGAAAUGUAAAUAAAAAGUGAAGGAAAACAUA